AUGGCAAGGUCAACUACCGUCAUUACCAGACGGCCGUCCGUUCUGCUGCUUUUGACUCUGAUGGCCAGUAUCAGGCCAGGAUGGGCAUUAGACUCUUUUGAUAUCUUUCCAAGGGGUUCAGAAGCAUGCCCUUCCUCAUACGCUCGCUGCAGUAGCACCAAGCUCCCAAAUGAUUUCUGCUGCCCUUCAGACUCCACAUGCAUCAGUCUAGAUGAGGCCAGUUCUGCCAUCUGCUGUCCCGCGGGUAAAGAUUGUGAUUAUAUCUCGCCGAUUGUAUGUGAUGUUCAGCAGCAAGAUACAAGUCUCUAUCCUGAAAGUCAGAUCAAGACAACCCGUCUGGAUGAUAGCCUCCCCAAAUGCGGCGAUGCGUGCUGCCCAUUUGGCUACAGCUGCCAAGGCAACAAUACUUGUUCAUUGAACAAAAAGACAUCUACAACAGCAACAAUCACUGGGUCUUCCUCCUCUACCCUCCCAACUUCACUGUCGACGACAGCUACAAGCGCAAGAGACCCUCCGACAACAAUCACACCCGUACCAUCUCCAUCAUCUGAAAAGUCCAAUAACUCCACGACCUUCGCAGACCUGGAAACAUCAUGCCCCUCAUUCCCGGGUGAAGCCAUAGCAGCAGGCUUCUUCCCAGGCGCCAUCUUCGGUGCUAUUGCUGCCCUCUUGAUAUCUCUCUGCUUCCGACGCCGUGCGCGCAAAAACGAACCCGAGAUGCAAGAAGGCAAAUCCGGACCACACUGGUCCCAACGUUCUUCUGCUGGAGCCCCAUUGAGCAUAUCGAACCCUAUACCCCAAGACGACACUUCCUACCGCACAGACUUCCUCCGAAGUCCACCGCGAGCCAGACGAUCCUCUAUAGGAGGACGUUCCACUCGCUCUGUGCUCCACCGCACGGGCAGCAGAGUGCGGAGUCUAUUUUCCGGUUAUCCAAGACAUGAUCCCCGACUAGACAAAGAUGUGCCAGCUGUCCCUAUGCCACCGGCUCCGGUUACUCCCCCAAGGCAGCGCCAGCCGAGUACAGAAAGUAUCAAGGUGUAUUCGCCGCCUGGGGAAUUCUCGCACUCCCGCACUGUCUUGGUACCUGAGCCAUACCCGAGUAGCCUCUCCCGACCAGGUACUAGGUUUUCGGACCUGAUGCAGGUUGUUGGAUUUCCUCAUGAUGGGAAGGGUAAACUACCUUAUGCCACUGGGGAAAAGGCUCGACAAAACCCGUUCAGGGAUCCUGGACAUUUGAUAUAG